AUUACAACACAGACUGUGAAAAUGCCGUGCUGGACAGUUUGGAGGCGGUUCGCAUUUACAUUGAAAAGUGCUUCCAUAAUAACACCUCCAAGGAGAAAUUUUCUGAAGCACUACUUGAGCACAUUCGGAAGGCUGACUCGCGAUCGGGAUUGCUGAAUAUCGUUCUUAUGUGUCUGGCAUCCCUCUAUAUACUCAUGAUUUGCAUCGGAUUCGCCGGGAAUAUGCUUGUCAUAAUUGUU